GUCACGUUUGACAUUUUGAUUGUCAUUCGUUUUCCUUCGCUAUUUUCCAGUUGUUUCGUUGAAUAAAUAUUCGGGAUUCUGAGUCUCUAUUUUUACUCACACAAAAUCCAAAAAGAAAUACAAUGUUGCGUUUCCGACCUGCUGUGCAAAUGGUGAUGAAGAGGCUGGGAACUAGAGCAUCCAGCAUUGGAACGUCAGACACUAUAGACACUACCUACCUGGAGCUGCCUGCAUACGACUUCAGCAAGCCGCAGUCUCUGGGUCACCGCAAAGCCAGGCUGCACUACCAGUCCCGCAAGCGAGGCAUGUUGGAGAACGACCUGCUUCUGAGCACCUUCGCAAAGAAGUAUCUGGACGGCUUCAGCGAAGAGCAGGCGCUGAUGUACGACCGCCUCAUCAACUCUGCUAGCAACGACUGGGACCUCUUCUACUGGAUCGUCGGGAAACAGCCCACCCCAAAAGAGUUCGACAACGAAAUCAUGGACCUCUUAAAAAAACAUGCGAAAAACGAAAACCGAGAGCUUAGAACUCAGCCUAAUUUGUUUUAGAUAAAUCAUUUGCCUUAUUAGUUUUACUGAAGACUCAGUAUUAACUUGUCAUCUUUAAAAUAAAUCUUUUGUUUGUUUUAAAAUGAGAUUAUAUUAUUAAAUACGUUUAGUAUGUAGGAUAUUUUUCAUAAAUGUGAUUAACACAAAGUUACCUGGAAAUUAAAAUAUUUAAAAAGAUAA